CAUGGGGCUCGUUUAAUGUUAGUGAUCAUCUGUUCUACGACCACGGCAGGCUACUUGUUAACUGCGUUGACGUAAAGGGGUUUCAACAUUCUGUUUUCAAGAAACCAGCUAACAUGAACGAUGCAGGUGAUAACUAUGAAGAAGCUAUACAAAGCCAAAGAGAGAGGAUAAGAAGAGAAUCUUUAGAAGAAUUACUACAAAGAAUUGGAAAGGAAGACACACCUUUAAAUAUCGCCAUAAUUGGGAUGCCAGGAUGUGGAAAAUCGUCCUUCAUUAACACAUUGAUCGCCAGCAUCACCGGUGAAUGGAGAAGUUAUGCAAUGGCUGGGUCUUUUGGUGGAAUGGGAGAGCAUAAAACUAACCAUAUUGCGAUGUAUCGAAAGGAAAAAUAUUUGAAACAUGCGAGGGAUGUUGAACACCUGAUGGAAUUUAACUUUCCAACGAUUUUGGACAUGUCAGGCAUUUCUGAUGCCAAUGAUAAGGACACCAAAAUGUUCUUGGAUUUAGUAUUUUCUGGUCGGAUCCCUGAAAAUAGCAGAAUUAGUGACAUUCUGAACCAUAUAAGGGAAAAUGGGGAGCGGCUUAACAAUCUAUACCCACUUGCUGAAUCAAAUAUCAGAGUCGACAGAAUUAUCUUUGUUGUUUCUGCUUCAAACUCAAGUCUACCAGAGAACCUUAUGCAAGCUGUUCGCAGUUCCAGCAGAUCAGGACAAAGAGAUAUUCCUCUGUUCGGAGUUUUAACAAAAAUUGAUGCUCCAUUCACUUCAGAAGAAAACGAGUACCAGGAAUUUAUUUCUAGUAUCAGAACACACCUGGGGAUUUUAGAUAUACACCUCCUACGAUGCACAAAUUAUUGUGAUGUCAACCUCAGAGAAAUGAAUGAUGAAAUUAGAAAAAACAUACCUAACAUUGAUAUAUCUGUUCUUCGGGGUAUGACACAGAUUUUGGACCCUUCUAUCACAGUUGUUGAAUACAACAGAAGCACAUCGAAUCAAAUGGAUGCUGGUGGAAUUCUUGUGCUUGCGUUUGUGAUUUUGAUGAUAUCAAUCUUCAGAAUGUUAUUCUGAAAAUGAAUGACUGGGGAAAAAAACAGUACAUUUUUUCAUAUAAUAGACGGAAUUUGAAUGCGGAUACUAAAACAUUUAAAGGAACUUUUAGUUCAUUAGAAAUCACUGUGUAUUAUUGUUUAACUUCUUGUAUAUUCUUUACUCAAGGGAUGUGAGUAUGGUUGAUAAGGAAUGUAUUGUGUAAAGUUCUACAUUUUCUUUAAGGUGUGUGAGUGAUGGGUAUUAAUGGGUGUUAAUGAGUAUAAUGCUUAAAGUUCUAAAUUUUCUUUGUAAAUAAACUUAUUUCUCGGUU